AGCCCCGCCCCCGGCUGUCCCCGUCCAGCCUCUAUAUGGGUCCCACCUGGUCCAGAAGACAGACCUAAGUCCUGAACCAGGGUCGUAAACUCCAGACCGUGAUCCGGAUCCACCCGCGACCGAAACCGAGCCGAGCCGAGCCGGACCGUGGAACGGUUUUAGCUGAAUAUGUCGAAGCAAGGAGGAAGCCGUGGGCCGGACAUGGAGAGGCUCAACGAGACAUCAAUCAUCCGAAUCCCGCCCCAUCAUUACAUCCACGUCCUGGACCAGAACACUAACAUCGCCAGAGUGGAGAUCGGACCGCUGACCUACAUCCGCCAGGACAACGAGAGGGUUCUGUUCCCGCCGCUGCGUAUGAUCAUGGUUCCUCCUCGUCAUUACUGCGUUGUCCUCAACCCCGUCGCCCGUGACGACAACAACCAGGUCCGCUUCGACCAAUCAGGACAGGCCAAGCUCCGCCAUGCCGACCUGGAGAUCCGACUGACGCAGGAACCGUUUCCUCUGUACCCCGGAGAGGAAGUCCAGCAGGACGUGACACCGUUGCAGAUCGUGUUUCCAGACACAGCGCUGCGUCUGCAGGCGCUGCUUGACUUCCAGGAGGACGGCGGCGAGAGGAGGGUGGCAGGAGACGAGUGGCUGUUCGAAGGACCAGGGACCUACAUCCCCAGGAAGGAGGUGGUGGUGUUGGAGACCAUCAAGGCCACGGUGAUCCGGGAGAACCAGGCCAUCAGGCUGAGGGCCAGGAAGGAGGGCGUGGACAGGGGCGGGGUCCGCAGGGUCACAGGUGAGGAGUGGUUGGUCAGUAAGGUCGGUGCCUACCUCCCUGGAGCUCAUGAAGAAGUCAUCGACAUCGUCAACGCCUUCAUCCUCACUGACAAGAAAGCGCUUCACGUUCGUGCCCUGCGUCCGUUUAAAGACGCCGGUGGGCGGGACCGGCGAACGGGGGAGGAAUGGCUGGUGACCAUGGCGGACCGUGAGGCCCACGUCCCAUCGGUAGCUGAGGAGGUGGUGGGCGUGGUCAAUGUGACCACGCUGAGCUCCAGACAGUACUGCGUGGUCCUGGACCCGGUCGGACCCGAUGGGAAGCCUCAGCUGGGCAAGAAGAGGGUGGUCAAGGGGGAGCGCUCGUUUUUCCUGCAACCGGGUGAGCGCCUUGAACGCGGCAUCCAGGACGUAUAUGUUUUGUCAGAGGAGGAGGGGCUUGUCCUCAGAGCCGUGGAGGCGUUCAAUGACCCUGAGGUGGAGCGCCAGGAGGAGGAGGAGGAGGAGGAAGCUGAGGAGGAGGAGCUUAUGCAGGAGCGCGCCAAGAGGUCACGGAGGAGCGGUGUCCUCCGUCGUCCGGGCGACCGCUGGAUGCUGCGCGGCCCCAUCGAGUACGUUCCUCCGGCGACGGUGGAGGUGGUGCUGAGGCGUCAGGCCAUCCCAUUGGACGAGAACGAGGGCAUCUACGUCCGGGACAUCAAGACUGGGAAGGUGCGGGCGGUCAUAGGCCACACCUACAUGCUGACCCAGGAUGAGGAGCUGUGGCAGAAGGAGCUCCCUGCGAAGGUGGAGGCGCUGCUGGGUUCUCCUCACGACCCGCUGGCCGACCGGUCCGACCGGCGCCGGGACGACACCAGGGACGGACAGGUCCGGGACAAAACCCGGGUGGUGUCCUACAGAGUCCCCCACAAUGCCGCUGUCCAGGUCUACGACUACAGGGAGAAGAAGGCCAGGGUGGUGUUCGGUCCGGAGAUGGUGAUGCUGGGUCCGGAUGAGCAGUUCACGGUUCUGUCUCUGUCCGGGGACAAACCCAAGAGGGCCAACGUCAUCAAGGCUGUGUGUCUGCUGCUUGGACCGGACUUCUUCACUGAUGUCAUCACCAUAGAAACAGCCGACCAUGCCCGCCUGCAGCUGCAGCUGUCCUACAACUGGUUUUUUGAUGUUAAAUCUCCGGUCAGCUCCGCUGAUGCUGCAUCUCUCUUCUCUGUCCCUGACUUUGUGGGGGACGCCUGUAAAGCCAUCGCCUCUCGGGUUCGUGGCGCCGUCGCCUCUGUCCAGUUCGACGACUUCCACAAGAACUCCAACCGGAUCAUCUGCUCGGCCGUGUUCGGCUUCGACGAGAAGAUGUCGGUCCGACCCAGUCUGAGGUUCAGCCAGAACAACCUGGUGAUCAGCAGCGUGGACAUCCAAUCAGUGGAGCCGGUGGACCAGAGGACCCGGGACGCCCUCCAGAAGAGCGUCCAGCUGGCCAUCGAGAUCACCACCAACUCCCAGGAGGCGGCCGCACGUCAUGAGGCAGAGCGUCUGGAGCAGGAGGCCCGGGGUAAACUGGAGCGUCAGCGGAUCACGGACCAGGCCGAGGCCGAACGGGCCCGAAAGGAGCUGCUUGAGCUGGAGGCACUCAGCGCUGCCGUGGAGAGCACCGGGGCGGCUAAAGCCGAGGCCCAGUCCAGGGCCGAAGCCGCUCGAAUCCAGGGCGAAGCCGCCGUCAACGAAGCCAAACUGAAGGCGGAAGCUCAGAGGAUUGAAGCCGAGGCAGAGCUUCAGCGUCUGGCCAAGGCCCGUGAGCAGGAGCUGAAUUAUAAAAAGGAGAUGGACCGUCUGGAGGUGGAGAAGAAGGAGCGUCUGGCGCAGAUCGACAGUCAGCGCUUCGGUCAGCUGGUGGAGAGUCUGGGCUCCGACACCCUGAAGGAGAUGGCCCGAGCUGGACCAGAACUGCAGGUCAAACUGCUCCAGUCUCUGGGUCUGAAGUCCACUCUGAUCACAGAUGGAUCAUCACCCAUCAACCUGUUCACCACCGCCAACGGCCUGCUGGGGGCGCUGCCGGGACAGGCCCAGGGGGAGUGAGGACCAGGGGGAGUGAGGACCAGGGCAGGGCUGGCCAGGGGGGCGGGGCCAGCCAGGGGGGUGGGGCCAGCCAGGGGGGUGGGGCCAGCUCAUUCAGUCUGUGGUUCUCGUCUUUAUGCUAAACUAUAUUUACUGAAAACGCCGCAGGAAAACUGUGAUUUAGAAAAAAAAACUGACAAGUGAAGGAGAAAAGUGAAGGAGAUGGAAUCAGAGGAAAUCAGUUUUGAAAAAGUUCAGGAAAAGAAAGAAUGUGAGGGAAUAAAAGUCCAUGUGGGUUUGUGUUUGAUGCCUUCUGUUUCUGCUUUUGCACUAAUACACUCUGUUUACACUUUGGCUCUGACGCCUGUUUCACUUUAGUGAACGUGGACCUGGUUCUGAGCUUUACUUUACGUCCUCUUCUUUGUCAAAGUGCCCAUUAAACUAAAAAUGCUGCUCAACA